CGAGAACAGCUCGAGCGAAGAGCACCGUACAGCAUCAAUGCACAAGCACCGAUAGCCAGCGUCACCACAGCGCGAGCGGAGCGGAGGAGAAGAUGGAACCCGGCACACCGCGCCUUCGCAGCGCAUUCCCACAGACGCCGCGGCGAGGAGACAACCCCCGAGCGUCACUGCAGCAGCGAGCAAAUCCCUUCCGCACAUCGUCGCCCACCAGCCAACAAAAACCGCUCCCUCGAAUACCCACCCUCAGAGAGACACCCACACUACCCAGUGAACCUCUGAUCCCCACUCACAUCAUCGACGCACCCACACAACGGCUCUAUGCGGUGGCCUUUUGGGCAGUGCUGUGGUCAUGGCGGGCAUGGGAUUUCAGCAAUUUGGUGGACGCUGAGGAGCAGAGCUUGUGGCUGUUCAUGAAAUGGGUCGCCAUAGAUGGAGUGUUCCUGUUUGGACUGCCCGGCUUGCGCAUACCAUGGCUAGAAUGGAGUUCUGCGACCAUGACGCUGAUUUUCUUGGCACAUGCGUUGCUAGAUGGGAUGCUCAUGUUCAGGAUCCCGAUCCCUAUUCUGGCGGGGUUCGCUGCGCUAUGGAGAGGAGUGUGGGGAGCAUAUGAGACCGCGAUCAACGAGCAUGGCGUCAACCCCGAUACUGUGCUGUUUAACAGCAGCCUGAUUCUGGGGCGGCAAGUCGUCCACAUCUUGCCUGAGGGCAGUGCUAUUCUGAACCCACAGAAGGAGACAUUCUGCCUCGACGGAAAAAAGAGAACAGAAGCGAGACUGCCCAUCAUGAUCAACGCGACAGAUCCGAUCAGCGUGGACAUUCUGCAUGUGGACUUGGACACCCAGCUGAAUAGCACGAUCCACAUUAGUAAAAGCCAGAUCAAGGCGAUGCACAAGGAGGCGAGCAGGUUGAUCACAUACAGCGAGGACCCCAAUGAGCCCAAGACGCUUUACUAUUCGGUCAAGAAGCCUGGAUUGUAUGCACUGCUCAAGGUCGUUGAUGCAUCAAACCUGGAAGUGAGUAGAAAGAAGGUGGCGCACACCGUCGUUGUGUCAUGCCCCAGCGCGGAAUUCUUGCCAGCACCAGUUGAUCGAUGCCGUGGCGAAUUGUCCAACGUUGAACUGCACGCGACCGGCACACCACCGAUGAAGGUGAAGUACCGCAAGGUAGUGAACAAGGCAUCAACUACAUCAACUUUUGAGAACAUCCAACCGGAAGAGCUGAUUUCGCCGCUCUUGAAGCAGGAUAGUGAUGUUCUUGUAGUACCGGCUCGAGUCGAUACGUCGUGGGUGAAAUCACAAAGUGUGCGAGUGCCGCUGAGCGAAGGUCUUGUCGUAGCCGGGAGCUGGACUUAUGCGAUCGACGAAGUCGUCGACGGCUUUGGUCAUCGCGUUGAGUAUGCAGAUAACGAUCAUAAGCUUGAGAAGAGUCAAAGGAAGACACAUCUGCAACAACACAUCGACGUACACGAGCGGCCAGUGGUUAAUCUCCAAGGUUGCACACCUCAGCAACCGCUCAAAGUACCUCGAGGCAGACCAAACCAGCUUCCGAUUCAGUAUGCUUCCACUGGACAGGGAGCGAUACCACAUACAUCGUACCAUCUCGAGUGGAUAUUCACUCCUCAGGUUGAUAUGAGCUCCAGCAGUGGACACGGUGCCACCCCACAAACGAAAAAAGAAUCGAUCACGACACCAGGAGGAUCCCCGUACGUUACAGAGCCUGGACUGUAUACUUUGACUGGAGUGUCAACAGACUACUGCAGUGGUGAUGUGCUUGAGCCAGCGUCAUGCUUGCUACAGAACCCUCCGGAACCCGAACUUCUUGUCAAUUCCACCGGCAUGUUCGACAAAUGCGCUGGCAGGCCAAUUGGUCUUCUCGUCGACAUUGAUCUUAUCGGUACUCCUCCCUUUGAACUCGAGUAUACUUCAACUCGUCAAGGUCACCCUCACCAUACCGUACACAAGGAGUGGGUCAAUGGUCUUCGCGGACAAGUGGAGUUCACCCCCGUCGAAGCAGGCAACUACACUUACGUGUUUACCAAGAUUAGUGAUGCGGUCUACAAGAACCAAAAGCUCGUGGGUGGCCCAGAAUUAACUCAAGACGUGAAGCCGUCCGCAUCAGCACGUUUCCUCAACGAAGGCAAAAAGGUCACAUGCAUUGACCAGGCUGCGAGCUUUGAAGUUUCCCUAAACGGCGAGCCUCCGUUCGUCCUGGAGUAUGAGAUCAUUCACAAUGGUAAACGUCAGAAAAUGCACACGAACAACAUCACUUCGAAGUUCAUUCAUCUGGAUACGCCGAUCUUAACUGACGGAGGCGAUUACACCUUGGGUCUCGUCAGUAUCACGGACGGGACCGGGUGCAAGGAACUGCUCAAGGAUGAAGCCAAGGUGACAGUGCGUCAUCAGAAGCCCAAGGUUAGCUUCGGCCAGAUUGAGGGCCGUCGAAGUGUCGAUACCUUGGAAGGCAAAAAGGUCUCGCUUCCUCUCCGCCUUGUUGGCGAGCCUCCGUGGACCGUCAACUACCUUGAUAGCCAAGGCAAAGAGCAGACCGUUCGGUCUAAUGGACCAAACGAUAAGCUAGAUGUCGAUCGAGACGGAAUGUACGAGCUUCUUGACGUUCACGAUAAUAUCUGCCCAGGACUAGUGGACAGCACCGCGAAGGAGUUUCAGGUCCACUGGAUCCCCAGGCCGCAGUAUCGCAUCUCACCGGACGACAUCCAAAGCGAGAAGAAGAACGUCUUUGUGCGCUCAGAGGUGUGCGAAGGUGAUGAGGAUGCUGUCGAAGUGCUAUUUAAGGGCUCGCCUCCGUACAAGCUCUCAUACAUCCAGACUGUGAGGCCGGAGGUCGGUGCUGUUGCACCACGCAACAAGGAGCUGCGGGCCGCUCUGAAUGUAGCAAGUCUUCGUAUGGAAACUUCAGUCGCAGGUGCCUAUGAAUACAAGUUGGCCGCUUUCAGUGACGGAAAUUACCCGGAGCACUCGCCGAAGCACUUUACGCCCAUCAGCAUCAAGCAAAAGGUCAACUCUCGUCCCUCGGCAGCAUUCGCGACACCAGGUAAGACGUAUAGCUUCUGCUCGGUUGAGUCAGAUGGCGAGGAGGUAAUUCCCGUCACGCUUCAUGGUGUGCCUCCAUUUGAGCUCGAAGUCGAGAUCAAACACCACGGCACCGUCAAGCCUGAAAUGGUACACUACACCAACAUCGAAAGCAAGAGCCACAGUAUCCACAUCCCUCACUCUCGCCUCCAUCUGGGCAAGAGCGCCGUCUCUCUUCGCCGCGUCUCGGACGCUCGAGGCUGUUCCCGAACUCUCGAUAGCACAGCUCCUCGCGUGCAGAUCAGUGUUCAUGAUGCGCCUACAAUUGUCAGUCUCGAAGAACGUUCUGACUACUGCGUCGGCGAUCGUCUCAAUUUCGGGCUAGCAGGAGUCGCACCGUUCCAGGUGUUCUACACUUUUGAAGGACAAGCACGAAAGGCUUCCGUGUCCAGUGGCAACACUUUCAAACGUCUUGCUGAAAAGCCUGGCGUAUUCCGAAUCACCGGUCUGCAAGACUCUGCCUCUACGUGCAAAGCGUCUUCGGACAUUGAAAAACGUAUCCACGGCAUGCCUUCGGUCCGCGUCAGCAAAGGCAAAGAUUCCUACGUUGACAUCCAUGAAGGUGGACAAGCCGAACUCACCUUUGAUUUCGGUGGCACCCCUCCUUUCGAGUUCACCUAUACACGCUCAUCCAACACGGACAAGCAUGGCAAGAAGAAGAGUCAAGUAUUGGAUAUGAAGAGUGAAAUUUCUCAUGAACAUUCGAUGAGGAUAUGGGCAAGUGAGGAGGGGACGUACGAGGUCGUCAGCAUCAAGGAUGCGCAUUGCGCUUAUGCAAAGCCGGGAAUCAACGUCGAGCAGGCCAAGGGGUCCAAGCAGAAGAAAUUGGGAUACUAUUAGAAUUAUGGACCGGGACAAGAGAGCCUGGUGGAUUGAAUUGAAUCUGGAUCUGUUUACAUGGCGAGGUGUAUGGCGUUUCUUUGGCACGUCGCAUACGGACACGGCCUAGUCACAUUGCACGGCAGGGCAGGGGUGCUGAGUUGGUCUAUAGUUGUUCGAAUGACCGCCGCACAGUUCGUGGUCUAUUGCCUGCUGGGGUAACUCAUUCGCCUUUUUGCGAUCUCGGGCAUGGUUGUGUCAUGUGUUGGUGCAGUGGCGAACGAGACAAGCGUUUUGUUCGUAGCGUGUCUAGUGCAACAUCGGGCCCUGCAUAUAACUCACUUGCUUCAAAAGUGUUUGGCAUGAGUAGGUAGGUAAAUAUAGGAUCUGUGGGAUGAUACUUGCAAAUGAC